GAGAUUCCAAGUUUAGGAUAGCUGAACCUGCCGUGGAAUGUAGAUUGCUUUGAAUUACUCAGCUUACUGGAUCUCCAGUAUCUUCAUUCCCUAGUUGUUUUACUUCUGCAAACAGUAAUCUCUCGGAAAGCAGAAUUGGAGUAUAUACCUCUGGAAUCUAAUGGGUCAUGCUCUCACUCCACCCAUUUGCUACUCUCCAAUUGGAAGUGAGGGUGAAAGAUGCACUGGAUUCAUUAAUAUUGGAGCCACUGAGGAACCACAAGCCAUUGCCUCUCGUGCCACCUGAACGUAAGUGGCAUUAGGAACCAAGUGCUCAGGCUUAUUGAAAGCUUUAGGGAAAGCAACAAACAAGAUCUAAAGCUGUUUGCAAUUUAGCAACAUCUUUCGUUAAAGAAGUAGUGCAGAAAGUCCACCGGCAGCGAUGUCCAGAAAUGGGUAUUUUUUUGAAGAGACUGGUUAUCUUAAAUGUGACACCGAUGACGGCUGUGAGAACAAAGAAGAAGUAGGAGGAGAAGAGCUCUUUGACACUGUAAAUUCCUCAAUUGUUUCCGGGGACAGCAUCAGAUUCUUUGUGAAUGUCAAUUUGGAAGUACAACAGAAUGUAACUGUAGAAAGUGAAAGUGCUGGCUGUGUUUUAUUACAUACAUCUAGAAAGUACCUGAAAUUAAAGAAUUUUGAGGAAGAAGUCCGAGCCCACCGUGACCUGGAUGGGUUUCUGGCCAGAGCUAUCAUCAUACUGGAUGAGACCGCAACCUCCUUGGAUGAUGUCCUUCGAGAGAUGCUGAAACACUUCGCUGAAGAUUCUGACAACACAGAGCCAAGCUGCAACUUUGACAAAAUAAUGAGCACUUUAUUCACCGAUUCGGGAGCCCCCAGGGAAGGGAAUGUUCACCUCCUAUCCGAUACAAUUCAGGGGGUCACAGCAACCGUCACAGGGGUUCAAUAUCAACAGUCCUGGCUCUGUAUCAUUUGCACUAUAAAGUCUCUUCAGCGACGUCAUGUUUGCAUCAGCCGCCUGGAGAGGCCUCAGAACUGGGGGGAGAACUCCUGUGAAGUGAGAUUUGUCAUCUUGGUUCUUGCGCCUCCUAAAAUGAAAAGUACGAAAACUGCCACCGAAGUGGGCCGGACCUUCGCCACGAUGUUUUCAGAUAUAACUUUUCGGCAGAAGCUUCUAGAAACAAAAACCGAAGAAGAGUUUAAAGAAGCCUUGGUACAUCAGCGCCACCUGCUGACGGUGGUGAAUCAGAGACCCUCAGCAGUGAACGAGGGGCACAAAACACACAGCCACAAGCCGCUCAAGUUGCAUGAGUUUUUCAAUGUUGGCAAGGGAAUAUUCGAUGACAUAGCACGAAGAUUUCCAGUGUACGCUUUGGACUUCACUGACGGGAUUAUCGGAAAUAACAAGGCCAUAGGAAAAUACAUCACAACAAUGAUCUUUUUAUAUUUUGCCUGCCUCCUGCCAUCCAUUGCAUUUGGUUCCCUAAAUGAUGAAAACACAAGAGGAGUUAUUGAUGUGCAGAAGACAAUUGUUGGCCAGUGUAUCGGUGGACUUCUUUAUGCUCUGUUUUCAGGGCAGCCUCUAGUUGUGCUCUUAACCACGGCUCCUUUAGCCUUGUACAUCAAUGUGAUCCGGGGGAUCUGUGAUGACUACAGCUUGGAUUUUAGUGCUUUCUACGCCUGGAUUGGACUGUGGAACAGUUUUUUCCUUGUGCUGUAUUCUCUCUUUAACUUCAGUCUUGUAAUGAAGCUCUUUAAAAGAUCAACAGAAGAAAUCAUUGCACUUUUUAUAUCGAUCACAUUUGUGCUUGAUGCACUCAAAGGGAUUAUUAAAGUUUUUAAGAAAUAUUACUACCAUGAGCACCAAGGAGACAGUUACUUGGAAAAUACACGUGCUGAUGUAAUUCCAAGCCUCAGCAUCAAUACCACCUUCUUGAUGAAUUCAUCAGUGAGCAGGUCUGUGUCACUGGAGAAUCAGACGGGCAUGAAUGAGGUCGUGCAUUAUGGACGUGAAACUGCUGUCCUUAGUCUCAUGUUGAUGCUGGGAACCCUUUGGCUUGGUCAUACGCUUUAUCAAUUUAAGAAAAGCCCCUAUUUGCAUGCAAGGGUCCGCGAAAUCCUGUCCGACUGUGCCUUACCCAUAUCCGUUCUAACCUUCUCCAUCGUAGGCUCCUACUUCUUCAAGGAAAUAGAAAUGUCCAAAUUUAACUACAACCCAUCUGAGAGUUUAUUCGUGCUGGCCCCAAUCCAAUCUCUCUCAAUUGGCUCUGUAAUGAGUGCCAUGGGCCUGGGGUUCCUUCUGUCGAUGCUUUUCUUCAUAGAGCAGAAUAUAGUGGCAUCACUCACAAAUGCUCCAGAGAACAGAGUUUAUUUCAGGUUAGUGAAAGGAACAGCUUAUCACUGGGACCUCCUCCUUGUAGCUCUGAUUAACACGGGACUGUCUGUCUUCGGACUGCCAUGGAUACAUGCUGCGUUCCCUCAUUCCCCAAUGCACGUCCGAGCACUGGCCUACGUGGAAGAGAGGGUUGAAAACGGGCACAUCUAUGAGACGAUAGUGAGCGUGAAGGAGACACGACUGACUACACUGGUGGCCAACUUCUUGGUGGGUCUCUCGCUCUUCCUCCUGCCCUUCCCACUGCAGUGGAUCCCGAAGCCAGUCCUCUAUGGCCUCUUCUUGUACAUCGCCCUGACCUCCAUUGAUGGGAAUCAGCUCUUCGAGAGGGUGGCCCUCUUGCUGAAAGAACAGACGGCUUACCCCCCGACGCAUUACAUCCGCAGGGUCCCUCAGAGGAAGAUCCAUUAUUUCACAGGCCUACAGGUUCUUCAGCUCCUCAUCCUCUGUGGGUUUGGGAUGUCACCGUUACCGUACAUGAAGAUGAUUUUUCCUCUCAUUAUGAUAGGAAUGAUCCCGAUCAGGUAUAACCUGCUUCCUAGGAUCAUUGAAGCAAAAUACUUAGAUGCUAUGGACGCGGAGCACUAAAAACGAAUCUCUGCUCUGAGAACAACGAACAGCUUUUCAGAUCGAAAGGAAAUGCCAGCCUUGCUGAGAUGUAGAAUUAUUUAUCUGAAGUUCUCUUUUGUUUAGAACCUCCAGGACUUUCUUUCUGCUCUAGUCUGGCACUUGGAGAUACACGGUUGAAGACCAAUUGGCCAUUCAAGUUUCAGAUCAAAACAGGCUUGGAUUGAGAGGCCAGUACUCUUCUGAGUUUUGAGGCAAGCCAGCUUUAUGGAAAUGUUACCUUCUACAUCCUAAAACUUGAAAUCCCACAGAUCAAUGUGUUUCUCUUGUUGGAUUGUGCUGUGCUAGGGUUGCCUCGUGUUCCCUUUUUUAGGGGGGGAUCCCUUUUUUAUACACUGUCCCUUUUCCCAGAACACUAUUGAUAUGUAAGGACAGUAAUCAACCCUUGCUUUACAGAAUUACUGAAUAAUUUGGAGCUUUAAUGCAAUUACCCAUCUCUCCAGUUCCUCUUCCAGAAGGAUAGCCCUAUGUCAGAGGAGACGUGUAGUGAUCUCGUCAAGUUCUUGAUUAGUGGAUGGGCUGGGAAGCAAAAGAAUAUGGUUGUGCUGAGAUUGUGUAUUAUUUAAUUUCGUCUUAUGUACCAGAAAUGUUCAGAGGUUGGAUUCACUUUGUGAUGCUGAUGUAAUUACAGCUGGGUCUAAGCCGCUUGGGAGUUAGUUGAACCUAUUUUACACUGUUACUUCUCAGUAAUCAAAUAUAGAAUUGUAGGUUUGUACAGCAGCAACCUUUUUGGUUGUGCCCAAAUUCACCUGGAUGCUGAAAUGUGGCAAAAUUCAGUCAUGUGCAUUAAUGUUCGCAUAUACAUAUGUACAGAACUGCCUAUGUGUACAUAUAUACAUACAUAAUUUAGAUUUGUGUAUAUAUUUUGCAUAUAUAUUAUACAUAUAUUGGAUAUAUAGGCAUAUUCUUUCAAGAUAUUGAAAGUGUUCUUGUGCAAUCAGUGUUACCUGUACUAUGUUGACAUACAUUUGUCCUUUGCUUCAGUACUUCUUUUUUCUUAUUCAAAGCCAUUCUUUGUCAAACUGCAUUAACCCAAUUACUGAUGAUUAUUUUUAAACAUACUGCUAAGUUCAAACAUUCCUUCAUUUCCCUCUAGCCCUUUGGCUUUUGUGACCUGCAUACUCCUUUCUGACGUGAAUUUUCCGUUUAAUUUUAAUGUACAGUAUGCAGUGAAAGUUGGUUGUUUUCUAAUCAAUAUUUCUGUUUGUCACUUCACUGUUUCAGUUUUGUAGCUACCUCCCAUUUCCCCCCACCCCCAGACAUUACAUUAUAUUUCUGUAUGAAUUCUAACUCUCCUGCUAUCUAUUUUAUCUUUUGGUUUAUUUAAUUUAGCUGGUAUUAUGGUCAGUUUUUCUAUACUUGAAGUACUGUGAAACAAGCUAUCCUUUAGCGAGUUCCAUAUUGAUCUGCAGUGCAGCUAGGGGCAAACUUUACAAGAAAAGAAAGUGGCGCAAUGAAGAUCAUUUUAAAAAGCAAAAAUUAGGAUCCCAUGACAAUAAAUGCAAAUAGACAGUAGAUUAGUGCAGACAGGUGUUUUGUUUCAAGCAAAUUGUUUGCACAACAAUUGGCGGUGAGAUUUAGCAGACAGAAUACAUCAGCGAUUUGGCUUUCUUUACGAAGUAAAAAACACAUCUCUCCAUCACUGAGAGGAACUGGGGAAGAAAGCUCAUCUGCUGAAACCAAACUUAUAAACCUAAACUUAGUAACUCAUUCAAUAAUUAGUUUGCUUUUAAUAACACUCAAAGGGAUUCCAUCAUAAUGCAAUUGCCUACAGCUUUCAAGGAAACUACUGAGGGCAGAGUGUUCAGUUUCUCUUUGAAGUUUCAUAAGUUUCCCAUUGACAAUCCAAUGAAGGAGCACCAGGUUGUUCCUAAGGGUGUAUAUGUUACUGUCGGGGAUAAACAUUGAGCACAGUAAUUGCAGGGAAAUAGAUUCUCUACUUCAUUAGCCAUCUAAGCAGCAUUGUAUUACCUUGAAAAUGUAACCUUCUGUUCUACUCAACUCCUGCGGAUGUGCUGUGAAGGGCAAGGCCUAAUCUGGCCCUUCUAAUAAAUGAAACGUGGGCAUUGCCAUUAAUUUGUUUUUACUAGGAAUGUCUUAGCGCACCAAAAAGAAAUCGCUAUAGUAACAAACAUGGCUAACUAACAAACAGAUCUGACGCUUUUUGCAUGAUCCAGAACAAGAAAAGAAUUAAAGGCAACUAAAUUAUG